AUGAAUGCCCGCUGCAAAACACGUAAUAAACUCGUACAAAAGGUGGUUCCCAUUCAGCAUGUGUUCCUUUGGCGCGUUGGACAAGCUCGGACACAUGGAGAGAUAAAUUACAGACCGCACAUUCAGCACAUAGAGCCCAACCUAACAGAGUGUGACCUUGACUGGAGCUCUGGUCUGCGGUGGCUGCCUGCACCUCGCUACAGUGAUGCUCCACUCCCUCACAUCAAAUUGAUCAAGUUCCCUGAAGAGACCAGACUGCUCAGGUCCUUCCCACAGGCCAACAUGGUGUCCCAGACUGAGUGGACGUUUUAUCCCAACUUUGGUCAGCCCAGAACCUUCCAUGUUGGCAAACGCUGUUUGCUGGAGGGAGGUCACCAGUAUAGGACCAUACGGUGUUCUUCAGAGAGAACUCUGGAGGUCACCAUCGGGAGGAAAAAACAAGCCAGGUUUACCUGCCAUUCUGCACCUGGUUCUAGACCCUAUCUAACACCUGAGUACAGUCCUGACUUUCACAAGUUUGGAUCAACAUUACCAACAACACAUUUUGGGUCACUGACCUUCAGUGCAGAUACAUUCGUUCCUCUUCAGCCACCUCCAAAAAAGACAUGUAUUCCAUAUGUAGCGAGGAAGAGGAUGGAGGACAGGGAGGCAGACAUACUGGAAGUGAAGAAGCUGAGUAAAUGGAGGCCUGCCCCAGUCAUAUUCAAAACUGUGCUGGACAACUGACAUGUCAAAAUGUUUUUUGGAUGAAUGAGGAGAAAUGGAUAACGAUUCCAAACUGUAUAUUAUGAUCAUUCGGCAUGAUUACAGCCACAUGGUUUUGAUUCUACUGUUGUUUGAUAAGGAAGUUUGGUGGGAGGGGGGGGAUCAAUGAUGUAAUAAAGUGUGACUAAUUGUCAUGACAUCA